CGUAAUUGCACAAAUAAAUAGAACAAUCCUACGCAUUAUGUAUCUUAUAAAUGCAUCGGAUUGAUAUAAUUUUUUAAUACACUAGCGGCGAACUCACCUACCGACUUUGGCUGCAACAGUUGUGUUUUGCAUUAAAAGGAUGGCAGUAAUAUGGUUAUUCUUGGUGUUCACAAUCGCGUUCAUUGAUGCAAGAGAAAUCUACCGAAACAAAGACGAUCUGACGUCAUUGUUCGACCAACUGGAAGACGAUGUCAACGAAAUUAUCACACAUGAGAAACAAAUAAAAAAAUCGCUCAAAACACAUCGACGUGAUCCAAAGAAAACAUUAUCUGAAGUUGAAAUUGAUUUAAAGCACGGUAUGAAAACAGACAUUCUUACUCCAAAUGGGAGAAAGAGAGGUGCUGGAAAAGGCAGUGUCACUCGAUGGCCAUCUGUAAACAAUGUCGCGACAAUUCCCUAUGUAUUUGAUAGCACAAUUUUAGUUAACAACGAGAAACGAAUAUCAAUUGAUGGGGCUAUACGCUAUAUGAACGGCCUAACACCUUCGGUGCAGUGGGUACCUCGUACAACUGAAGUAAAUUAUGUGUCUUUCCAAUCACCAACUGGAGCAGGAUGUUCGAGUUAUCUUGGAACAAUUGGUGGUAAGCAGGAAAUAAACAUUGGUGAUGGAUGCGACUCUCGAGGUAUUGUUGCACAUGAAAUGAUGCACUGUCUUGGAUUUUAUCACGAGCAAUCACGCCCUGACAGAGAUGAGUACGUUCAAGUUUUGUGGGAUAAUAUUAUUCCAGGUACACAAGGCAAUUACGAGCAAGUGACAUGGAAUGACGUUGUCAAAAUGAAUUCUCCGUAUGAUUAUGGGUCAGUUAUGCAUUAUGGUUUGAUUGGUUUUUCUAAGAAUGGGAGUCCAACACUUAAAUUACUAAAGCCGUACGACGGAAUAGUUGGUCAAAGGGAUGGUCUUUCAGAUGAAGAUAUUUCACAAUUAAAACGAUACUAUGGAGACGUCACCGCCACCAAUCUACCAACGAGCCCGGCAGUGCAAUCAACACCAUCUGUCGUGAAAACCACACCAUCAGUUAUCGAAACCACACCAUCUGUUGUCGACACUACGCCAUCAGUCGUCGAUACGACACCAGCAGUUGUUGACACUACGCCAUCCGUCGUCGAUACGACACCAUCAGUUGUCGAUACGACACCAUCAGUUGUCGAUACAACGCCAUCAGUCGUCGAUACCACACCAUCAGUUGUCGACACUACACCAUCAGUCGUCGAAACGACACCAUCAGUUGUCGAUACUACGCCAUCAGUUGUGGACACGACACCAUCAGUCGUUGACACUACGCCAUCAGUAGUCGAUACUACGCCACCAGUUGUCGAUACCACGCCAUCAGUUGCUGAAACCACGCCAUCAGUUGUUGAAACCACGCCAUCAGUUGUCAUUACUACACCUACAGUUGUGGAAACAACUCCAAUUAAAUCUACAAAAGCUCCAAAAUGCCGUGAUGAAAAAAGAGGGAUCUGCAAGUCACUUAAGAAUCUUGAUUUGUGUAAAGACGAGGAGGAAGAGGAAGAAGAAGAAGAUGAUGAAGAAAAAGAAAAAGAUGUAGGAGCUAUCAUGAUUAAACACUGCAAAAAAUCAUGCAACAUGUGCUCAGGAAAAGGAUGUAAAGACGACAAAAAGUACGAUGGAAAACGCAUUUUUUGCAAAAAACUCGCAAACGAAGGAUUUUGUCAAGGCUUCCCAACUGAUACAUAUAUGAUGGAUAACUGCAGGAAAACAUGCGAACAUUGUAAAAAAAGCAAGGGAAAAGGCAAAGGCAAAGUCAAAAAAGGCAAAGGCAAAGGCAAAAAAGGCAAAGGCAAAGAUGAUGCGAAAGAAAAAAUUCAAGCAUUGCUGCAAGAUGCAUUAUUGAAAGUUAAAUCACUCUCCCAAAAAUUAAAAAGUCAAUUGUAUUAGGUCAAAGUGAAAGUUCGCACAAAAUUAAAGCACGUAAUUGGACGCAUAUACAGUGGAGAAGGAAGCUUGCACUUGUAUUUAUGGAAUUUUCGUAGAAGUCACUCUAAACCUUUUUAUAAUUACAUAUAAUCAUUUUGUAACCUAACCAUACCAACAUGCAACAAUGAAGUA